UGGUGGUUAUUUCACACGGUGCGCGUACCUCUCUGACAGCAGAGCUUCCUUCGCUACGCAGUCAUUUGCUCAAGUAACAUAAAGAGCAUCGCGCGAAUGAGCGUGAGAGGGCUCCUCUCGCUCCCACGCGAUCUCUUUCUCUCAUCACCUACACCCUUAGUAUUAUAAAUCCGUGCAGAUACAAAUGCCAAGAGAAACUGCCCUUUCUGUAGACACCUGUUCAUUCGUAGCGGUUGCGCACCAGGGGAGAGGGGCGGGGAGCGAUUAACAGAACAGAGUGGUUGUACAUCGGACUUAUUUUUCGCGUUAGCUCAGUGCAUUUCUCUCCUCCAUCCAGCAUUCACCGGUCUCUGGAAUGAGCUGUUUUUUCGCCUAUGUCGUUUCCACUCCAGCAUGGGAACCGCCGUGUCGAAAAGGAAGAAUCUAAGGAACGAUGCAAUAUCCUCCGUGGCAGCAAAAGUUAGAGCAGCCAGAGCAUUUGGAGAGUACUUGUCUCACGCACACCCCGAGAACCGCAACGGAUCAGAUCAGCUGCUUUCUGACACUUUCGUUGGCCAGGACUCCGACUCCCCCAGCAUCAGCCGUCUCCAGAGCAACAGCCUCCACCCGCGCGCCUGCCCCGCCACGCUGGCGACGCCUGCCGCGGACCAGCCCCCGUCCGCCAAACCCCAGUCGGCCCCGCCGUCGUCCGCCAAGCGCCGCGUGUCCCUGGAGCGCGGCGGCUCCGCCGAGAGCGGGCUUCAGCCGGCGCGGGUCUACACCAUCACCGGGGAGAGGGGCAUGCUGGGAGUGCGGGGCAGCGAGGAGAGCCUGGAGCUGGAGGUGCUGAAGGGGGGCCGGGACCAGGCCAAAGCCCCGCCUCCUGCCCCGCCCAGCGCCGACCAGCAGCAGCAGCAGCAGCCGGCCCCAUCGCGUAGCCGUCACCGCGGCGGGCAUCACCACGGGCAGCAGAACAGCGCCGCCCAGCCCCGGGGCCCCGCCCCUGGCCAGUCCCAGCCCCUCCAGAGCUCGGGCAGCGCCCACAACAUCCGGGACUGGGGGAGCCGGAGGGGGGGCUCGCGGGAGGACUGCAGCCCCGACUGCGUGCGGGCGCCCACCCAGAGCCAGCGCUCCCUGGACCUGGACACCUCGCCCCGCGACUCGGGCAAGCAGCGCAAGAAGCUGGAGCGCAUGUACAGCGAGGACCGAGCGCCCAGCGGGGAGAGGGAUGACAACGUCAAUGGCUGGUUCCCCAAAGAGAACAUGUUCAGCUUCCAGACGGCUACCACCACCAUGCAGGCGAACUUCAGGAAACACCUAAGAAUGGUAGGGAGCCGGCGGGUCAAAGUUCAAACGUUCGCCGACCGCAGAGCCAAGAGUUUCAGCCGAUCCUGGAGUGACCCCACCCCCAUCAAGCCUGACUCUCUACACAACUCCAGAGACAGUGGGGAUCUGCAGGCCUCCUCGGGGACUCUGGAUGAGGUGCCUUGUGAGGACGUGGACUGGGAAGAGGAGAGAGAAUUGGAACGGGCAGCCUGCGAGGGAGACGACUUCAUCCCACCCAAAAUCAUGCUGAUCUCUUCCAAGGUCCCGAAGGCGGAGUACGUGCCCACCAUAAUCCGCCGUGGUGAUCCCUCCAUCAUUCCCAUCCUCUAUGACCAUGAGCAUGCCACGUUUAAUGAUAUUCUCGAGGAGAUUGAGAAGAAACUGACUGCAUACAGGAAAGGCUGUAAAAUCUGGAGAAUGCUUAUAUUUUGUCAGGGAGGACCAGGUCACCUGUAUCUACUGAAGAACAAAGUCGCUACAUUUGCUAAAGUUGAAAAGGAGGAAGACAUGAUCAGUUUCUGGAAGAGGCUGAGCAGGUUCAUGAGCGCAUUGAACCCUGAACCCAAUGUCAUCCACAUCAUGGGCUGCUACGUCCUGGGAAAUGCCAACGGAGAGAAGCUGUUUCAGAACCUGAAGAAUCUGAUGAGACCGUACUCCAUUGAAUUCAAAUCUCCUCUGGAACUGUCCGCUGAGGGUAAAGAGAUGAUCGAGAUAUAUUUUGACUUCCGUCUCUUUCGACUGUGGAAAGCACGUCAGCACUCUAAACUGCUUGAUUAUAUCGACGUUUUGUGACCUUGCCCCAACUUUUGGCAGAAGCCUGCGGGGCAGGAGAUCUAGUGGCGAAGCCCAACUUGGCGGCAUUCAUUUCGGAAGAGCCGGUGCUGGGAAACUUGGAGAGAAGGGAAGGGAGAGAGGAGGGGUGUUGACGGUGAAGGGAACUAAAUCUUCUGUUACCUGGCACCCAGAGGCCGGAGGGACAGAUUCUGUUGCCGAGGCAAUGAGUGUGUUAACACCAUCUCUUGCUCCCAAGUGACUGCAGAGAGAGAGGGAGAGAGAAGGCAAGAGAAAGAGAGAGCGAGGACAUGCUCUCUCGUAAAUUAUGAAAAGGGAGAGGAGGUUGAGUCAGAGUGAGAAAUGGAGAGAGAGAGAGAUCAGGAAGACACUGGAAAGAUUGAAAGGAGCGAUGAACAGAGUUGUCUGGAGAAAAUGAUGGACAGUCUCUCUUACAUUGGGUGUAUGUGUGUGUAUGUGAUUGUUACAUUGACAAAGAGGCACGUUGAUGCGAAGGCCAUUUUUUUUCUUCAGGUCGCUUGAUUAGUCCUCAUUAGGGGCUGGACACUUUCUGAACUGUCUGAACUUUUCAGGAGAUAAAACUGCUAUAAAAACAUCAUAUACCGUUGUAAUAUAUAGUUGUAUUAUGAGAUAUAAUCAUAUAGUCAUAUGAAUAAUAUCACACAUCAGUUUUUUACCUUAACUUAGUGGUGUUUCUAAUGGGCUUUUUGAAGAAAAACUCAGGUUAUUUAAACUAGUGCCCUGCAUUUUAAUACUCCCAGACAUGUCACACUGUCAAUGAUCUGGAAGUGAAGGUCCGCUCAGUUUGAAAUGUUUAACAUGCGUUUCAGCCAUGACUAAGAAUGGAUGGGGUGGCUGAGCAGAGAUUGGGACUAAGUCAUUGUGUGUGUGUAUGUGUGUGUGUGCGUGUGUAUCUGUGUGUCUGUCUCAUAGCUUUUCAUAGGUGAGCCAGAAACUUAAAUAUUCACACAUGUAGUUGACACUCUUUCCUACUCACUGUGAGUGGACACUGGCCUUUUUAUUGAAGUGUUCACUCCUGUGUUAGUGACCCUAUUAUUAUUAUUAUUAUUAUUAUUAUUAUUAUUAUUAUUAGUGCCAGAGCAUUACAUAGCCAGGUCUGCCCAAAUCUACUGUAAUGCCAGGUAACACAACAGCAGCUUCAGGGAGGGAGUUCAUGCAUUUAUUGGCUCUUUGUGUGUGUGCGUGCUUGUGUGUGUGUGUGUGUGUGUAGGUUGGGGAAGGGGGUUACUCUGUAUUUAUGCUUUCCCCGCUACAAUCUCUGUACUUAACUGUAUAGGCUUGCUUGUCUGUUCAAACUGAAUCACUUAUUUUUGUCAGAGGCACAAUAGUGCAGACCCAAAUGUCAAAAUGGCACAGCUGUCGCCUUGAAAGAACCCACUUGUCAGGAUUAUUUGAAGGCUCCAGAAGUGCUCUCUGUAAGAACUGUGAUUCAAAAGCAACAUUUAAUUCCUCCUUAAUUGAUUAAUCCGGCUGCCCUUUGAAUAAUAGCGUAUGGUUCAUCAUGGGGUUGGUUUGGGGGUACAUCAUUUUACUUCUGGGGUGUAGUAGCCUUUUCGGCUGCUCCCCCUGGGAUUUGAACACGUGUCCCACUGUAUUGAUUUUGGACAGGCAGUCUAGUUUGAACAGAUGUUUCACCACACUGAGUACCACAGUGUUGGUUAUCAAAUCUUUUUAAAGCAUUUUAAUGAUAUAAAGAGAAAUAAAAAAAUAUAACUUUAAUAGCAUACUCCUUACCAACCAAAUAUUUAUUAGAUAGCUUUAUGCUGCAUCACAUGCUAUGUUUCUUAAUUUUGCUUGAAUUUUACUGGUGACUUCAGCUGCAUAGAUACCAUUCAUAUUUAGACUUGAGUUGAUACAUUCUCUCUGCUGUGUUCACUAUUGAAGACAAACAUAGGACAAAACCAGUGCUAGAUUCAUGUUCUGCUACUUGUUCUGUAUCAAGAAAUAAAUUAACACUUAGGAAAGAUGCAUCAGUGCAGUUCUCUUUGAUCCUUUUCUGUGUGUGGGAAGGAUGUUACAAAGAUGCACCAGUGAAUGUUUUUAGGUUUUUAAGAACAAUGGCUGAACACAAAACCACAGAAGUGGUGAAACAUGAAUCUAGCAUUGGCUUUGUCAUAUUUUAUUUCUGGCUGUCAACAGUAGUGGGGAUAUUGGAAAGAAGGUAUCGAUUGCAGUCAAAAUAUAUAGUAUAUACAAUAUCUAGAUCGUGUCAGACAUUUCAGUUUAUUAAAACUAUGAAACAUUGUACUGCAUUGCAGUGCGAUGCUGUCCAACAAACAUUAGUGAGGAGUCGGCUCUAAAAUGUGCAUUUGAAUUUCCUUCUAACGAUCAAUGAGGAAAAGAAGGGACUCUUAAUAAUGUGUGUAUUUUCUGCCUUCCAUAAGUGUGAAAGUAUUUAUUUGAUUGAAAUGUGUAAAUAUGUGUAUAAUGAAUAAUUGUACAAGAACAAAGGGAUUUUGCCAUAGUACAACAUUACAUUGUUUUUCCUUAACCUUCCUGUGCUGAAAUGGAAAAGCAUUAUGAGAGUGGUGACAUUUUUUUUUUCAUUUUCAGUUUAAAAUGUGCUACCUGAACAAACAUACUAGGAAGGUCCUCUGUGCAUUUAUCCAGUGUUUUCAGAGGGAUUUAGUUUAUAACUUAUCGGUGUGCUGAAAUGACUGAACGUCGUACACACUGUGUGUUGGGGGGGGGGGGGGUGUUGAUGCAGCGAAACCAGAUUUUGAAAUGGCGCACAGGCAGCGAGAGCUAGGAAAAAGAGAGGGAAGGAGACAUACAAUGAAAGUUCAACUAUUUUCUUUUUCCAUGAGCUGCAUUUUUUCUGUGUUUUUUUUUGUAUGUUUUUCUGUUUCUGCAGAAAGUGUGGUUUUAUGAUCUUGGACUUUUUAAGAUGUUCUUCACCUGAGGAAGACAAAGCACCUGGUGAAAAAUACUGUACGGAUGUACUGCACACACUGGUGCCUAUGCCUACUACAAUCCUCAGGAUUGCUGUGUGUGUGUAUUUUACCUUCCUAAGAGGCUGAGUGGCAUGUUCAUUUAUCUGUCGCCGAGAACAAGCCACCCCAUUGUAAAGCUGUGGCAAUAGCUCUAAGCAUUUCGCAAACCACUGUUACUCUGCUGGACCGUUUGUACGUUGGGACUCAAAGUUCGAGAAGAGAUCAAGACCUGACAACCUCCUUGAAGCCUGUGGAUCUGCUGUUAUUAAUAUUGAUCGUUUUUGUCCCACUGUUAAUUUGGUUAACCCUCCAGUGUCCAGUGCACCUGCAUUCUCUGUCCAGGCAUGAACUGAGGUACCUAAUGAACUGGAUAGAUUGGCCAGAGAUCCACUGAUUAAGUGACCAUCUGUGGGCCUUCAUAAAUGUGUUAAAAAGAUCUUUUUUUUGGAUUGAGAAUGUACGUGUGAAAGAGAAAGAGGGAGGGGAAAAACAAGUUGUACAGCAAUAAGGCAUUUGCAGUGUGUGUAUGCGUGCGUGCAAAUAUGACUUCAGUGUCGACAACAGUCAACGACAGUCCCAGAGUCCCAACACGGUUGGCGAUGGUGGAAGAGUAUUCAAAACAUAAGGACAAGCAGUUGGAGCUGUGCUGGUCCAGCCCUGAUGUUGUGAUGCAUUUUUCCCCAAAAUUUUAGACCUGGACUGGACAUGGAAUGGACUCUUGGACUUUGGGGCCUGCGUGAGUCGUUGAACAUGCAGUCGUUCCUCACUACAUUACUUAUUUUACAGGCUGUCUUCUUCUGUAGCAAUAGACAUGGUAACCUUACAUGUACUGUUAUAUGAGCACACUUUGCCUUGUUUUAUUUUCUAUGUUUUACUGUGUCUGGCUCUUUUUGUAUCCUUUAUUUUGUAUCCAUCUCCAGCACUGGACUAUGAAAUUAAGAGCAAUAUGGGGGAGAACAGGGUUUAAAGUCUUUCUCUGCCGCACCAUUUGUACUGAGAGUCUGGUGGUGUCGCUCCUCACUCUGUGCUGGUUCUGAUUUAUUAUUCAUGUAUUUUUUUUGCUUUGUUAUAGACUUUCUCAGUUGCAAGUGGUAGGUUUCCCAAAUUGGCAGUUUGUUCCAGGUAAUGGAUGAGUUAUAAAAUGUUAAUUCUUGAAUAAUGUCAGUUUUUCCCUAGGAAACUAAGGUUUGUUGCCUGACCUUUUCUCAUCAAUCAUAAAAUACCCUCAAGUUGGGUUUCUAGAGUGAACUAAGCUUUUACAGAUUUACCAAAUAACUGGUGGAUCCUGACAAAAAGUUUUCUCAUUCUAAACGUUGUUUUGAAGGGCAGUUUAGUUUGCAUAAACCAGAAGAGAUUUCAUUAGUAUGCUGAAUGUGUGCUCUACAUUAUUAAAGGAUGCAGGAGAGCACAGGGGGGAAAGACCAUUUUGCUGUGCUGUCUUACAACACUUUGGCUUGGAUUCAGGAAGGAUUUGUCCUUAACAUUACCUUCUAAUAUAAAAUACAAAUGUUACAGGCAGUGUCUGGCAAGCUAAUUCAGAUGCUUAACAGACACUGCCAGGCUGUGCUUGUGAAGAAAAAAAGACUUGGAUCAAAUCACUAUUCAAAUUUAAGGACAAACGUUCAUUCGUUCUAUGCCUUUAUUUGGCGGUGGCACUGGAUUAUUCUGAGCAAUGAUAGAUGGGGAGGUAGAAGUGAGGUAUGGGGCCCGGGAAGUGGUUGUAGAUUAAAAGGACGAGGGAAAAGGAGCCUGACGGAGGCCGGUGAAAGGGCCUGGACAAUCCAUGCGGUGUAUUCGGUAGAGACAGAGACGGAGAAGCUGUACCACACAUAUGAUUGAUGUAAAAAGGCAGAGUGUGCAGGGAGGAGUGCUUCCAUCAGUAGAGGACCGUUGGAGAAAUUGCCUUGUAAUGACGGGUUCACAAGUUUUGCUAAGCCCCUUGUUCAGGCUAGGCCGAUCUGUUCUGCACGGUACCUGCCGAAGCAGAAAUGCUUACAGCGCAGCUUGGAGUGAGUGACUGACAAAGAGAGAGAGUGAAAGAGAGAGAGAGAUAGAGAGAGAGAGGGGGAGGGAGGGAGGGAGGGAAAGAGAGAGAGAGGGGGAGGGAGGGAGGGAAAGAGAGAGAGAGAGGAAGGGAGGGAGAGAGAGAGAGAGAGAGAGAGAGAGAGAGAGAGAGAGAGACCUUUUCCAUUGGACUGCCUGUCAUGUAAUACAAACCUUUGUUUAUAGAAGGCGUUAGGUGCUCUUAAACACGUGAGGGGCUCAUCUCACCAGCAAACCUCACCCUGCAAUUUGAUGCUAAAUGUAACAUUACGCUCCAAAAAUGAAACGAUAGCCAUUUUCCCCAUUUGAAACCAAAGCAAUUAUAUUUCUCCCACCUAUUACACUGUCACUUUAUCUGAAGAAAUCUGUUGCCGCUGGGUGAUCAUUGGCUUGAUGAUGAUUGCUGAUGUUGUUAUGAUUACGUCGCUGUGCUUUCUCACUGGUAAUUGUUCAUCUAGUGGGACUAGGGAGGGCGUGUGUGCAGAGUCUCAAUAUUUUGUGCAAUUUUUUUUUGUUUUCUCAUAUUUUCUGCAAAGUCCAGUGUCUGGUACAUUAGGCUAACGUUUUAGGUUAGAUUUUCCGUAGCACUUAGACAAUGCAUUAGAUUGCCUAUUAAAGCCGUACUGUAGAAAGAAUUUUAAGAGGGAUAAUUGUUAAUCCAGUUGAGGUUUAUUAAUCAGAUGGACAUUUAAUAAGAGUCAUUAGGUUUUAGCUAAUAAUUAAAAUGAUACAGUGAUCUAUUACGGCAUUAUUAAUAUUGCAUAAAUUAACUUGUAAGAAUAAAUCUGGAUGGAUGUACCUUUAGUAGGACAUAGAAAUGUAAAAGGAGAGGUUACAUUUUCUAAGUGGAGGUUGCUGUGACUACUUGUAGCAUCUCCAAUACUGUAUGUUACACAAUAUACAAUAUUGGUACUGACCCAUACAAAAUGUUUUUCAUAAAAUGUUAAAGGCUGUUUUUCAAUAAAAAUUUACCCAGCCUGUUUAAAUUCA